CAUCAGAGUAGAGGGGCCGAUCGCCAUGGACUCGCACUCCCUGCACGGCGAACUGUGCCAUUCACAUAGCCCAGAAAAUAAUGUUACAUUUACCAUAAAUGGAACGAAAUAUACAGUGGAUGAAAACCUCCCAGCAUGUACUUCACUCAAUACAUUCAUCAGAGAUCAUGCCAACCUGAGAGGUACAAAGGCCAUGUGCCAUGAGGGAGGUUGUGGUGCCUGUUUAGUGGCUGUAACAUCUGAACACCCCUUCAAGGAAACAGCGAUGACUUAUGCAGUCAAUUCAUGUCUUAUUUCUGUGUUUUCCUGUCAUGGCUGGGCUAUUACUACUGCGGAAGGAAUUGGGAACAAAAAGAAAGGCUACCACCCAGUACAAGCACGACUUGCUCUAAUGAAUGGCACACAAUGUGGAUACUGCUCCCCUGGGAUGGUAAUGAAUAUGUACAGCCUUCUUGAAGGCGAAAGAGUCACAAUGAAGGAUGUUGAGAACUCCUUUGGUGGCAACAUAUGCCGCUGUACUGGUUACCGUCCAAUUCUGGAUGCCUUCAAGUCCUUGAGUGUAGAUGCUGCUUCAGAUCUACUGGAGAAAGUUCAGGACAUCGAGGAUAUACAUAAAAUCAAGAUUUGUCCCAAAACUGAGAAGGCAUGUUCUGGAAACUGUAAUGGUAUUGAAGCUUAUCCGAAUUGCAAUGGAACAAUGAUCAUCCCUAAAGAAGUUUCAUCAAUUCAUCUUCAGCUGAAAGGAUCUCAGUGGUUUAAAGUUACAAAACUUGAAGAAAUAUUUGAUAUAUUUGAUAAAAUUGGUGAUGUUCCAUACAGGCUUGUUGCUGGAAACACAGGUCAAGGAGUAUAUAGGGUAACUGAGGAACCCAAAGCAUACAUUGAUGUGGGAGAUGUUGCUGAGUUGAAAUCUCUUUCAACUCAGCCAAAGUUAACUCUUGGAGGAAAUAUGAGUCUUACUGAAACCAUGGAACUCUUCUACAGCCUGUCAGAAGAUAAUCCAAAAUAUAAAUACACAAGAGUUCUUGCAGACCACAUUGAUUUGAUUGCUAAUGUACCAGUCAGAAACACUGGCACAAUAGCUGGCAACCUAGCAAUGAAGCAUGAACACAAUGAGUUCCCAUCAGAUAUGUAUCUGAUGCUGGAAACUGCUGGAGCCACACUGAAUAUUGCUCAGAAAGGACAGAUUAUAAAUGUGAACAUGUUGGCCUUCUUAGACAUGGACAUGAAACACAAAAUUAUCCAUAGCAUCAACAUGCCUGAACUGGACGAGAAUUAUCAUCUCAGAACAUUUAAGAUCAUGCCUAGAGCACAGAAUGCUCAUGCAUAUGUGAACGCAGGUUUUCUGUUUAAAAUAAACGUGAAUGACAGUGGAAAGGUACUGGCAAAGCCAACCAUUGUGUUUGGUGGUAUUAAUCCUGAGUUUAUCCACGCUUCAAACACAGAAUCCUAUGUGAAUGGCAAGAAUCUCUUUGACCGUAAAAUUCUGAGGACUGCCCUCAAAAUACUGGACACUGAGCUACAUCCGGAUCAUGUUUUGCCAGAUGCUUCUCCCGAAUACAGAAAAGGCUUGGCUGAAGCUUUGUUCUAUAAGUAUGUAUUGGGGUUGUCUCCACCUAAUCUACCAAAGAACUUGGUUAGCGGUGGAAAAAUCCUUGAACGACCGAUUUCCACAGGAAAGCAGGAUUUUGAAACAAACCAAUCAGUGUGGCCGCUAAAUAAACCAGUUCCAAAGCUGGAGGCAGUCACUCAAUGUUCUGGAGAAGCACAGUAUGUCAAUGACAUCCCUACAAUUCCUGGUGAAGUUUAUGCUGCCUUCACUCUCACCACAGUGGGUCAGGGGUAUAUUGCAAAUAUUGAUCCAUNGCAAUACUUCAAGCAAGCCUAUGAUUCAGAUAUGCAAGGGGUUGUUGCUUUCCUGUCUGCUAAAGAUAUUCCAGGAAAGAACUCCUUCAUUCCUGUGGGAUUAAUCGCGAUGAUUGAGGAUGAAGAGCUAUUUUGCAGUGGCAAUAUAAAAUAUGCAGGUCAGCCAUUUGGUCUAGUGCUGGCUGACACGCAGAACUUGGCCCACCAGGCAGCUCUGAAAGUGAAAGUGGAAUACAGCAAUGUGCAGAAACCUCAUGUUGACAUGAGGGAGGUUAUUGCUUCAGGUGACAAAACACGAAUAAAAGUAGAAGUGGAACCACAACAUAAAGUGCAGGGUGAAACAGAAGCUGCACAUGUGAUUAAAGGCAGCUUUGACAUUGGAUCUCAGUAUCACUACACAAUGGAGACGCAAUCAUGUGUCUGUAUCCCAACUGAAGAUGGAAUAGAUGUUUAUCCUGCUUCCCAGUGGAUGGACUGUGUACAGAUUUCAAUAUCCCAAGUCCUGAAUAUCCCUGAAAAUAGUAUCAACAUCAAUGUACGACGACUUGGGGGAGGGUAUGGAGCAAAAAUUUCACGCAGUGCAUUGAUAGCUACUUCAUGUGCACUUGCUGCACACAAACUCCACAGGCCAGUGAGGUUUGUUAUGAAUCUGGAGACCAACAUGGCAGCAAUAGGCAAGAGAUAUCGUUCCGCUGUUGAUUAUGAAGUUGGAACAGAUGAUGACGGAAAGAUCCAGUAUAUGAAGGCAAAUAUCUAUGAGGAUGCUGGCUCUUCCUGGAAUGAAUCUGCUUCCUUUGCAAUACCAGAGCACAUGAAAAGUUGCUAUGAUGCGAGCACCUGGGCAGUAACAAUUUUUGGUGUGCGAACAGACACUGCCUCAAAUAGUUACUGCAGGGCACCAGGUUCAACUGAAGGACUUACAUUUAUUGAAAAUAUUAUGGAACACAUUGCCAAGGUUCUUCAAAAGGAUCCAAUAACAAUCAGAAUUAAAAACUUAAAGCAGGAUGACUCCACAAUCCUAAACAUGAUGUAUGACUUGAAAGUAACUGCACAAUAUGAGGAACGGAAACGAAAUGUUGAAGAGUUCAACAGGGAACAACGUUGGAGAAAGAAAGGCAUUGCUGUUGUACCAAUGACCUAUACAUUCGCAGUAUGGGGCAACUUUGCUGUAUUGGUAUCAAUAUAUGCCAGAGAUGGAACUGUAGCAGUCACUCAUGGUGGGAUUGAAAUGGGUCAAGGUAUAAAUACCAAGGUAGCUCAAGUAGUGGCUUAUACUCUAAACAUUGCCUUGGAACUUGUGAGCGUGAAACCAAGCAACAAUUUAACUGCUCCAAAUGGCAUGGUCACUGGGGGCAGCAUGACAAGUGACGCUUGUGCAUAUGCUGCCAUGCUUUGCUGUAAGGAGCUUCUGAAACGGAUGGAACCAGCAAAACAGAGCCUGAAAAAUCCAACAUGGCAGCAGUGGACACAGGCUGCAUAUGAACAAAACAUUGAUUUGUGUGCCACUCACAUGUUUACACCAAAAGAUGAUUUGAAACCAUACAACAUUUAUGGAGUAACAAUAGCAGAGGUUGAGGUGGACUUACUAACUGGACAGCAUCAGAUUCUGCGUGUGGAUAUUCUUGAAGAUGCUGGUGAGAGUCUUAGUCCAGAAGUUGAUAUUGGUCAAGUUGAGGGUGCCUUUGUUAUGGGGUUAGGAUACUGGCUCAUGGAAUAUCUCACAUUCGACCCAGAAACAGGACAGCUCCUGACAAACCGAACAUGGAACUACAAGCCUCCAGGUGUGAAAGACAUCCCUAUAGAUUUCCGCAUUUACUUAAGGAAAAAGGCACCUAACCCAUUUGGAGUACUGCGCUCAAAAGCCACUGGUGAGCCUCCAUUAUGCAUGAGUUGUGUCAUUUUGUUUGCUCUGAGAAAUGCGCUGUCUGCAGCUCGCCAAGACGCUGGGAAACCUGAUGAGUGGUAUCCAAUGAAUGCACCAGCAACAACUGAAAACAUAUUCCUUACAAGUCUAACAAACAUUGACUUGUUUUCCUUGUAAAAUAUUCUGUUUGAGGAUCAAUGAACAUAUAAUGAAAAAAUCAGCACUGCUUUCUUGAAAACUUUAAUGUUUAAGGCAUCACAUGCAGUGAGUACUGCAAUCACUACCUUACACUGAAUAUACACAUUCAGUUGAUGUGCUUUUGAUACAUUAUUUUGAAUCAGUACUGAGCCACGAUAUACAGUGAAAUCCCAAUUUAGUGUUGUCUCAUUUACUGAAAUCCUGUUUCUAGUGAAUAUUUUUCUGGUCCCAGGUAAUGUAUUACUGUCCCUGUAUUUGGUGGAUUUUGGUUUAGAAAAUAACUCACAUUUUGUGUAAAAAACUUACAUUCCAAAACUCAUACAUAAUUUAGUGAAGCUGAUGGUGAAAUAACUGAUAUACUUGUUUUAUCUCUGAUAGAAAAUGUUAUAAUCUUCAACAGGACAUGCAAAGUGGCUAUGGUACUAGUGGCAUCCUGCGGCUCUUCCAGUAUUUAUUAUUUAGUUAUUUUUUAAAUAAUAUUCUUGAUUAUGUAAUUAUAUGUAUUAGGAUAGAAACAGUGUAUUUAAUUACCUACAUAAAGAAGUUAUCAUAAUUAUAUACAGUAAAUCACAUAAGAAUAUGAAUUUCUUGAUGCAGUUUUGCAUAAACCCCAUUUAGUGAAAAUCGUAAUUUUGUGUAAGAAGACCAAUUCCCCCUGAGAUUCAAUAAACAGGGAUUUCACUGUAAUUAUUAGUUCACAGAACCAAAUAAGAAAUGACAUAUAAAUUGGCAGUUCAAUAGAAUUUAUAUAAUUUUGGAGACCAGUGGAAAUCAGAGAGGAAACAGGGUAUAUAAUAUCAGUAAGCUUGUUGAGCAAUAACAAGACUUCAUUAUGACAUUUUAUUUUUUAAUUCAUUAACUUUUGUAGAACUUUGGAUUUAUACAUACAGAUGUAAAAUAUUCUUGCUGAGUUUGGUAUACACAUGAAACAAAUUAAAAUGUACUGAAAUGAAAUGUACAGUAAAGGCCAUAUGUGUAAAU